CAGCGCGCUAAUGUUUUGCGGCCGCGGCGGUGGGGGUGCUUGCAAUUAUGCAAUACUUUACAUUUGGGUCUUUGGCACUUGACUAGCAUCUUAAAUAAACAUGCACGUGAGGUGUUGCUUCCUCUCUGUAUAAUCUGUCACUCAGGGCGUCUCAGGGAAAUACAUUGUUUGGGAGAAGAGGUUGUUUUGCCCUUAUCAAAUAUGGCGCAGUUGUCAGUUUUACACGGAAGUGGGAGAAUAGUUGAGUAGGCACGUUUUCUGAUGUGUGCGCUGUGCUAUCCACUAGUAUGGAGAACUUAAAUCAUUACCCGGCCCCGGGACUCAGACCUCCGAUGUUUACAGCUGGGCCUUGCACAGGCCCACCACCAGUUCCAUGGUUUCAUUGUCCUCCACCUUCCCCUCAGGGGCUGUGGGGUGGAGGAUGGAACCAGUGGCGACCCCAGUACAGGCAGCAGCAGCCGUCAUACAGUGAGCAGCAUGGAGGAGUUUCUUGUUGUGCUUGUGCUUUAGGGGGACAUGGACAUUUUAAUCGUGAAAGCCGAAUGCCAUUUGGAAACGGUCAGAGUAGAAUGAAGAAUCAUUCGAAAAAGCAAAAGAAAGAACCCGUUUACACUCACUACUGUGACACAUGUGACCGUGGUUUUAAAAACCAAGCAAAGUAUAAUGAACACACCUCUCAGCAUGUCAAGUGUGAAGAACCAGGCUGCAGUUUUAAUGCCCAUGAGAAGCUGGUACAGAUUCACUGGAGAAAUAUGCAUGCUCCUGGAGCUAAGAGAAUUAAACUUGAUACACCAGAAGAAAUUGCAAAAUGGAGAGAAGAAAGAAGAAAAAAUUUUCCAACACUAGCAAACAUUGCCAAGAAGCAGCAGCUCCAGAAAGAGAGGGAAGAACGUGGAGACGUGUUGACAACCCCUCAGUUUGGGAAGAUGAAAGGGAUGAAGAGAGGGCAGUUUAGUCAAUCGAAUCAAGGUACCAAGAAUUGGCAACAUCGCAGAAACCAAAGAAAUUUCAAGAAAAACGUCAGAAAAAAUGAAAAUGUACAUCAAGGUGGCAACUCUAACGCUGAAACAGAAAAAAGAGAAUAUUCUCAAGAGGGAAAUGUGGCCCAAAAGGGGGACACUCAUGACCCCCUAAGUAUAUUGGCGGGCAGUGAUCCUGAAUCUGACAACGAUGAAGCAAAGGUGAGCACAGGGUUGUCAGUAGUUCCAAAGCAGAUAACGUCUGCCUUGAGCAAACUUAUCUGCAGCUAUGGCAGCUCUUCCGACAGUGACUCUGAACCCAUUGAACAACCCAUUAGAUGUGUUAAGGCCGCUUUGGAAAAGAAUAAGCAGAUUCUUCAGACGCACAUGCCGACUGCUGCUCAGACAGUAUUAAGUGACAGGCCGGAACAGGAAUUAAAGACCCAACACACUGCCCACCAGAGCAAUGGACCUCACAGUAAAAUCCCCCCUAACAAAAGUCACAGGAAACAUGGAAAGAAGCCAUUCACUGCUUCAAUUAGAUGCCAACCCACCCUUCUGGAAAUGUUACUGGCUAAUGACAUCAGGCAUGAAAGGAAUGUGAUUUUGCAGUGUGUACGGUAUAUCCUUCAGAAUGACUUCUUUGAUAAACCUGUGGACAUUAUAUCUGAGAGUGGAACGCCUCAUGAAACUGCUGUUGCUGUUUCAGCAAGUGAUGCUGUGGGUCAAAAGGAAUGUUGUCAUAGCCAAGAAAACUCUGAAUUACAUACUUCUGUGAAUAGUGACCAGGGUAAGAGACUUGAUGCUGAAAAGAAGGAAGCUCUUGUUCAGGUGGAUGAUGAAAUUUGGGAGAUCUCCAAUAUCUCUGGUGAAUCAUCUAUUGUAUGACAACAUUUCUGGAAUAAAACAAAUGCAAUUACAAAGACUCAUUUUUUCCAUGGGUUUCAAGUACAGAUGAAGAAAGCUGUUGCUAUGUAAAACGUUUUAUUUUUCGUUACUAUAUUCUUUAGUUUUGAUUUGCAAGCACCAACAAAAGGGCCAUAAAAUAUUAUUUAUAUAGUAUAACAGUAACUGAAUUCUCUGUGUUGUUUUCUAGAGAUAUAUAAAAAUGUAUUAUUUUUUUUAAGCGAAUUAAAGGUUUUCAGUAAAAAUGUUGUUACAUAUAUUAAAAAUAAAUAUAAUUGA